UCGUACGCGCGGACCAAACAUUCAGAACUCCGGAACAGGCAGACUCCAUGUAUACAUCGCUCGUGUUUGUAAAUAUCGACUUAGACUGAGGUGAGAUCCUGGAGGCUAGCCUCUCCAUGAACUCACCGAGGAUCUAGGGGCAUCCCCGCCGGCGGUCGUCCCCUGUCCGCACAGUGUCCGCACAGUGUACGCACAGUGUACGCACAGUGUACGCACAGUGUACGCACAGUGUACGCACAGUGUACGCACAGUGUACGCACAGUGUACGCACAGUGUACGCACAGUGUACGCACAGUGUACGCACAGUGUCCGCACAGUGUCCGCACAGUGUCCGCAGUGCCGGCGAGUGACGGAGGAGGAAGAGACCUCGACACAGCAUUCCGAGACUUCAACCCUCAUCACACAAUGCAAACUGUUGCAGACAUGCGCGCCGCCCUCUGCGCGCUGGUCUCGCUGGCAUGCGCGGCGCGCGCCGACGCGUGCCCCGCCGACUGCUACUGCGGGCCGCUGGGCCGCUACCGCAGCGUCGUCGUCUGCAGCCACUCCGAGUGGACGGAGAUCCCCUCCAACCUCAGCGCGUCCCUGCAGGCCGUCGACUUCUCCAACAACCGGAUAGCCGCUCUGGCGGGCGACGACCUCCGAGGGCUGCGUGACCUGGUGUCCGUCGAGCUGCAGUGCAACCUGGUGCGGGAGGUGCCGGAGGACUUCUUCCAAGACGCCGAGCAGCUGCAGGUGGUGGACCUGUCGUUCAACAGCAUAGGGUCGCUGCCGCGCGGACUCUUCAGGAACAACGGCCGUCUCGAGAGGCUCUACCUCAAGCGGAACCCGCUCGCGACCCUGUCCGCGACGACCCCCCUGCUGUCGUCGAACGCCUUAAGCACGCUGGACGUUUCGUACUGUGGCAUCACGGAACUGUGGGGAGCUUCCUUCAGCGAGCUGAGCAACCUGAAGAACUUGAACCUCGUAGGAAACAGUAUCACCACCAUGCGAGUCGACGUCGUGAAACCACUCCUGAAGUUGGAGCGAAUAGAGAUGUUUGGCAACGAGCUCGAUUGCAAAGACGCCAGAUUUCGCGAAACGGUGGACUACUUGCGAGAAAACUCCGUGCUUAUCGUUCCUUACGGAUUGUGCGAGGGUACUGCCGUAAGCGCGAAGCUGAUGGCUAAAGCUUCUCACGGCGUUGAAACUACUGGAAGGACACUUCAUUCUUCGGAGAGCGACGUGGUGACUACUACCGGGAGUAAAGAGAUUCUGAUGGGAAACGUCUCGGAUACGAUGACUACCAGAAAAGUUGCGAUUGUCGAGGGGAGCGUCACGGAUGCGAAGACUACCAGAAGAUCCAUUGCGAUGGGGAGCAUGCUACACGGGAUCCCGCUGUCGGAGGUCGUGCAGGCGUCCAGCCUGCUGCUCGCCGCGCUGUUCCUCAUCGUGGUGGCCGUGAGGCUGGUGAGUCUGGGGCGAGGCGGGGGCCGGGCGGGCAAGCAGCUACCACCCCUGGGGGAGUCCCGCAGCCGCGAGUACGCCGCCGCCUCAGGUUCGCUGCACGAGUACGCCUACCCGGCGCUGGGGAAGCAGCAGCAGCAGCAGGAGGAGAGCCACUACAGCGAGGUGUCGGGGGGCGACGACGGCUACCUGCCCCCGCGCCCGCCGCCGGCGGCGGCCUGGGCGGCGCAGCCCCUGCUGGCGAGGCCCGCGUACCGCGAGACCACGGUGCCGGUCCCGGACGUCGUGGGCCAGGCGGGUGCGGCCUACGUCGCCCACAGCUUCUUCCUGAGGCCGCCGCCGCCUCGGCCGUCCUUCUGGGCUUGAGCGCCGUGGGCGCCGGGUGACAUACCAGACAGUCCUCUGCCGCGCAGGCAGCUCCUUCAGCAGAACUGAAGGAAGGGCUGAAUCCUACCACAUAGAGCUCCCUGGAGUCGUGAGGAAAUGGAUACGCUAUUUCAACGCAUCUUGGAGGUGUUUGAGGAGAAGCUACAAUGAGAGGCUGAGGCGACCCAUCCCAGCAUCAUUGCUAAUUAUCCCCCCCCCCUUUUUUUUCUUAACCUUUCGGCUAACCUGCGGUUGCUUCAAAGUAGUGUAAGCAUAGGCGCACCAAGUAUAAACGGCACCUAACAGCCAUUUGUGCCACAAGAGUAUGCUUCCCCUCCCCCCUGGCAUACCCCCACUCCUGGUGGUCAUCUCCCGCCUCGAGUAGGACGGGUUUUGUGGGGGCGCUGUGACUGGUCGAGAGUAUUGCUCUAUGCAGAAGUGGGCGGUCAGCAUGGCGCGCGGAAGAAGAAACCCGCCAAGAGCCAAGGGUCAGGUGCGCGAGGCAAGGUCGCCGUCCAGCGAAUGUGGCCCGCAUCUCCCCUCCACCCACCCGCCCCAGUGGUGUCGCAGUGCUGAGAUGGAAACAAAAAUUAAUUUCACUUUCAAAGGUAGCCAGUCCUUCCCGUUUCUCACCCCACCGAUGACCGACAGAGGGGAAAAAAAAAUUACCACACACGUCUCUUGCUUGGUAUACACACAACACUGUAUAUUAUAUAUUAUUGAAGUAUUUAAUAUUUUUAUCGUAUUAAAUUUUUGUUUCUGACGCUCGGCUGAUAGAAUGUAUUUUCCUGUACACCUCAGAAUUUUGUUAUUGAAGUAUCACUGAUACCAAAGUUAAUUUACUUUGUCUUAUUGGCUGUGAGAUAAAUAUUUUGUACACAACUGAAAUGCUGUAAGUAUUUUAUAUUACGGUUUUAUUUAUUUUUUGCUAUAUGUACAAAACAUAUUACCUACUUUAACAUAAUUUUUUUAUGUUUUGCUAUUUGUACGAAAAUAUUUACUGUACCAUACGUAGAUAUUUGUUUUGUUGUGGUUUUUGUUAUUGAGUACUGCGAACUAUUAUAUAUACAUACACGUAAUUCUUUUGCUUUGCUGAGUGUAUGAAAAAAAAAUUGAUUUAAACGCGAGAUACAAGACCACGAUGAGCGCCAUGUUCGGAGCUGGCUGCCACGCACGGCCAUUGAUUUCACGCGCCGGCCAUUAACGUAAGGCAUACCACGCGUGCUUGGUCGGAUUAUAAGGGUCCUCGCUACCCCCCUCCACUCCCCACUCAGUGUCCCGCCUCGGGCAAUUAUCUCCUAUAGCGACUUGGGAAUUCAGGGUUUACAGAGGCCGCCACAUAGAGUGGCGUGAAUAAGCGUCUCCAUUCACGAUGUUUCGAGCUUCGGGUCGGCCCAGGAUGACGCGACACGACACAGCCGCUCUCGUCGGUUCGAGAAGGGUUCCACAGGUAUUUAAGCAGCGACGCCGGCCUCCGUGGGAGUUCGACAGUUGCGAGUUCCGAGAGUUCGGAGAGUUCCGCGAGUGAAGGGAAGUGCGACAUCGGUUAAGAGGGUGAGAUACCCCCUCGAGAGUGUUGCGAUGUGGAGCGACGGGAUCGAGAGAGUGCGACUGAGUGUGUGGACAGGCGCGAGGUAACCACUUUUGAGCCUAGAUCUAGUGAGGAGUGUAACUGCGGAACUUGGCAAACGUUGCGUGACCUGAAAUAGAAAUUUUUAAGUGCCAGUGAUUGGUGAGCAGACAUUUUAAAAGUGCACUAAUUUAUUAGUAAUGUAAAUAUUAGUAUUUAAUAAAACUGUAAUAAAACUUAA